AGUUUGACUCAAAGGACAGUAGCGUUUGUAUAGUAGUGUUUGCGUGCUGUAGUGUGUUUGCGUUCCCAGUGUUUAAAGUGUAACGUUACUUCAUUCACAGCAGUUUCGCGUAUUGUGUAGAUAUGCUUUCUUCGAUUCAUUUUAUACCUAGACCAGUUCGGUUCUGGCUUUCUGCUGUUCCUAGUUUGGGAGUCUUAAAAUCAGUCGCUCAGUCUGAUUGACAGCAGCGGGUCGCGCGCGAUAAAUCUAAUGUAAACAAACUGGUCAGCGGUCGCAGUUUAGUUAUUUUUGCAUUUACAAAUCCACCUGGAAUCGGUGACACUUGCUGUCACAGGUCUGUUAACUGUCUCGGGGUCAGUGGGAGAUGAUCCGGGCCCUGGACUAAGUUACAACCGUUUAUUUGAGUAUCGCAGUGUGUCUCAAUCGUCUCCAGGCCUCAUAUCUGUGGAUGAGGAAGUGAACGGACCGAGCUCACCCAGGAGAAAGGAUCCCAUUUUAUGGGAUAAUCCUCUUUCCUUCCCUCCUGGGUGAAUCGGUGAUCUGUCAAAAUGGAUGAGCAGGAUGCCCUGAAUUCCAUCAUGCAAGACCUGGUGGUGCUGCAUCGAUCCAAGCGACCAUCCGGUCUGUCUGACCUUUGCAAACCGAAGGCCUCUUCUCCUAAGAACCAGAAUGACGUAAGGGUGAAGUUUGAGUACAGAGGAGAAAAGAGGAUCCUACAGUUCCCUCGUCCUCUAAGUCUGGAAGAUCUGAGCGCUAAAGCUAAAGUAGCAUUUGGGCAGAUUAUGGACCUGCAUUACACCAAUAAUGAGCUCGUGAUUCCAUUGAGUACUCAGGAUGAUCUGGAUAAAGCUGUGGAGCUGCUGGAUCGCUCUGUGCACAUGAAAAGCUUGAAAAUCCUGCUGGUGGUCUCUUCCUGCACUCAGAUCUCCAGUAAGGAUCUGCUGCCUGCUCAUGAGAACUUGGACAACACCGAUUUUAGGGCUGCAGAUAAAAAGAGUAUGCUGACACUCAUAGGUUCUCAAUCCACCGAUCGCAGUUCUCCUCCUCCAGGCUACAUUCCUGAUGCUCUGCAGCAGGUGGCAAGAAACGGCUCCUUCACCAGCAUUAACAGUGAAGGUGAAUUCAUUCCAGAGAGCAUGGACCAGAUGCUCGAUCCUCUGUCUAUGAGCAGUCCUGAGAAUUCAGCAUCAGGCAGCUGUCCUUCCCUAGACAGUCCACUCGAUAGCGACUAUCCUAAAUCCCGUAUGCCUCGAGCCCUGAGCUACCCAGAUAACCAUCAGGAAUUCUCUGAGUAUGAUAUUCCAGUGUUUGAGAAAACAGGAAAGGGUGGUACUUAUCCGAGACGAUAUCACAUCUCAUUUGGUCUGCAGGACUACAGCGAUGGGCGUAAGACGUUUCCCAGGGCACGGCGGACACAGGCUCACGGUUUCCGCUCUCCGGUAAACUUCAGUCCCACAGAACAGCAGAGCCCCAGCACCAGCAGUGGAAGCAGCAUCUUCACGCCCGAGCUGGAGGAACCAGGACGAAGACGGCGUGGAAGCGACAUAGAGCCCAGCUCGACCCCUACUCUCUCAGUGAUGGACAUCAGCCCUCCCAGCCGCUCUCCUCGAGCUCCAACGAAUUGGCGUCUAGGGAAACUCCUGGGACAGGGAGCGUUCGGACGAGUCUUUCUCUGCUAUGAUGCUGACACUGGCCGAGAACUCGCGGUUAAACAGGUGCAGUUUGACCCGGACAGUCCAGAGACCAGCAAGGAGGUGAGUGCACUAGAAUGUGAGAUUCAGCUAUUAAAAAACCUUUUCCAUGAGCGUAUCGUCCAGUACUACGGCUGCUUGCGGGACACGCACGAAAGAACGCUUUCCAUUUUUAUGGAGUACAUGCCUGGGGGCUCCAUUAAAGACCAGCUAAAGUCAUAUGGCGCCCUGACGGAAAAUGUCACCCGUAAGUACACAAGACAGAUACUGGAAGGUGUUUGCUACCUGCACAGCAACAUGAUCGUCCACAGAGACAUUAAAGGUGCCAAUAUCCUUCGAGACUCUGUGGGUAACGUGAAGCUGGGUGACUUUGGAGCCAGUCGACGGCUUCAGACCAUCUGCCUGUCAGGAACGGGUAUAAAGUCGGUGAUGGGUACUCCCUAUUGGAUGAGCCCUGAGGUCAUCAGUGGAGAGGGCUAUGGCAGGAAAGCCGAUAUCUGGAGCAUCGGCUGCACCGUGGUGGAAAUGCUGACUCAGCGGCCGCCCUGGGCGGAGUACGAAGCGAUGGCAGCCAUUUUUAAAAUCGCCACACAGCCCACCAACCCCACUUUGCCACCUCACGUGUCGGACCACAGCCGCGAUUUCCUCAAACAGAUUUUUGUGGAGUCAAAACACCGCCCCGCUGCUGAGGACCUUUUAAGGCACACUUUUGUCCACUAGCAACACCCCUUCCUUCGCUGACCAAUCAGUGAUUUCCGUAAGUGUCUGUAGGAUCUUCACAUCUCAAGGCAUACGAGCCCCCCAGGACCAGUGAAUGGGGGUGACGGAUAACAGCCUAAACUUGCUGCACAGUGGCAGGAGGGCAAUUUGGAGCAGCUUGUUUCUGUACGAAAACAUUGCACCUUAAUUUCACUCAGGGGUAAGUACCCCUAAAGACUAAUGGAUAUCGGUACCCGUAAAGACUAAAGGAUGAAUUGUUUGUAAGGUUUUUUAUUUGUUUUAAAUGUUUUAAUGUUUCCCAUGAUUGUGGAGGGAGAGCCUCGGACCUGGCGAGGCCAGUUGGAUGCACUUGGUUAAUGCAGAAUGUCGACCUCAAAACAAAGACGGUACGGCAACACGCUGCUAAAGGGUAAAACAGAGAAAAGAUUUAAAGGAUAACGGGAUGCGUGGGACUCUCCAGUCCAGCUGUCGUGGCUCCUACAAGUUCUCAUUUCUUGCACAGUCCUCGUAGUAUAUUCCCACACUCGUACACCGACUAUGAUCAAAGAUCUUACUGUACAAUAUUGACUCACUUUGCUGUACAAACCUUACAUUUGCUGGACAUUAACCCUUAUGGUCGCCACCACAUACCAUGUCUUUCUCUCAUACUUCUCUUCAUUUCAGUCUUUACUGUGUGCCUUUUAAAAAAACAUCCCCGUCCUCCUUCCUCGUUUUUGUAUGUCAUUUUUCUAGGUUUAUUACACAGCUUUGUGACUUUGGCCUGCACAGGAUUUAUUUGGAAAAGCUCGGCUCUUCGUACUGUUUCUAGAUCAGCAUAAGCAGCUCUGCUCUUGCCUUUCCCCCUUCGCUCCCUCUGCUGGCAAACUGACCUCAGGUCAGAUUCACCCGUGCAUUUUUUCAAACCCAGUGCCGUACGCUUCAAUCUGAUCAAGUAGGCAGGUUGAAUAAACACACCCACCAAAGCGAAAAACCCAGACCACGCAGGCAGGGUUUAGUGCCUGGACAGUACGUAAUCGUUAUUUUACAGUAAAAAUCCAUUAGAAUGUUUAUCACGAAAGUUGCAAUGACACUGUAAGUGCACUUCUUAGUAAAGACUACACAACCUGGAUAAUUUCUGCUCACACCAAAAGAUUCCUACUGAUUUUGGUUUUCGAUUCCGUGGUUCUCACUCCAGUGUAUUUCCAUAAUUCCGAGUUUCGGAAAUCGUAACGUUCUUAGCACUUAAAAGUACUUAACAGUUUACCUACAAACUAGCCUCACUAUCCCGCAAUACCUUGGGACAGCAUGUUCAUUCGUAAACACUCAAUGUCUAGCACUUACUCAAGUGCACACUCCUGGAUAUCUGAUAUGUUGCGUUCUCGCUCUCCACACUCCACGUAGUGCUAUAGUGCCUGCCUUUAGAUGUAGAAGAAUACUUACUUUUCUUAGGCUACCUUUGAUUCUCCUGUAAACCAGUGGGUGUGAGCUUUCUUUGUGGGACUGGGACGAUUCAUACUAAUAAUACCUGUCUGAAAUCGUCUAAAAUCGCUGAGUUUGAGUCGUUUGCAUAACAUGCAUUUAAAAAGUCAAACAUAAUUGUAAUAAAUAUUUUUAUUAUCGUGAAAAAUUUUGAAAAGGUUUAAAGAACAGUGAUAUAAAUAUUAGGGCUGUAAAGAUUAAUCGCGUGUCCCAUUAAUGAAAUUAAGUAUGAAUCGCAAGGCUCUGAUUCUGAAAUCGAUUUUUCGAUUAAUCUGGUUUUUUUUUAAGGGGGUCGAUUCCAAAUGGCAAAAUCUAUUUUUUUUCGCAAACAUUGAACGUAAGAUUAACGUUAAUCUAAUUACUAGUCUUCUUCACUAGAUGUCGCCCUCUUUUUUGCCUUGGGCAAUGUUACCAAGGAGCGAGAGCCGAGCCUGUCAUUCAUUCAUUAAUUCAUUCAGUGCUUUAAAUGGCGGUUUCAGGUGCUUCUUCGACGUUGAUGCCACAUUGACAUAAAAAGUCAGAGGUAUGGAAGCAUUUUAGAUUUCGCAAGCAAAACGACGACGAUAGUGUUAAUUUCUUUUUAUUAAUUACCCACUUGUAAACUGCUGUUCACCGUUCUUUUGAGAAUCGAAAUCGAAUCGACUUGAUAGAUUGUGAAUCGAAAUUGAAUCGAUCUGGAGCAUCUGAAUCGAUACCCGGCCCUAGUCAACAGGCAGUCCUUAUCAAUCUAAAAUCUGAGUCGUUUAUAACGUGCAUUUAAAAAGGCAACACUCGUUAAACACAAUCAUUCAAAAUAUUCUUUAUUAUCAUGAAAAUACCUGAAACAAUUUGAAGAACAGCGAUAUAAAUAUUCUUAUAGACAUUACCUGUAAUAGCGUUUGUAAUGCUGCUGCUUCUGUGGCACAAAGGCAGUUUCUGCACAAGAGCGCCCCCUGGCUUUUGGAUAUCCGGAUUUUACCGUAAUACAUUAAAAUUCAUUCAUUGAGAAAACGCGCAUUUGCACGAUUAAUUGUUACAGCCCUAAUAAAUAUUCUUAUAGGCAUUUCCUAAAGCAAGCUGCGCGUUGUAUUUCUUUUGCAGCACAUACUGAGUUCCUGCACACGAGCGCCCUCUGGCUUUUGAAUGUAGCGGUCUUUCACUGUAAUUCAUUGGGCAGAAUCGCACAAUUAAUCGUCCCAGCCCUAAUUCUUUGCAUCUUUUUUCCUGAAGUGCCAUUUUAUUUGUAAAAUAAUUAAUUUAACCCCUUCAAUGAAGAAGAGAGUGUAUUUCUGAUAGUUUAAGUCUGCAUAAGCAUAUGUUAAAGUCACAAUGAAACUGAAGUAGCGAUUGUCUUAUUUUCCCCAUCAUGAUGAAUAUUGAGUGAAAUGGCUUUUGAAAUGAGAUAAAGGUAGGGAGUGACUUGAAUUCAUCCAUCAAGAAUUGAUUAAGGGCUCUUUAAUAGUUGUGCGUAGGUUCUACAGCGUAGCCGUGACGGCAUAGGUUACGCGUCACUUUUCAUUUAUACUUCUGCAUCUGCGUCGAGGUGCAAACAAAUGCAGACCGCUGGUAGGCAGUAUCCACGCGUGUAACCACAGUAGCAGUGCGUCUGUCAAUGAAGAAGCAGCUUGGGAAGUUAUCCCCCAAACAAAGGAGAAACAGCAACUUGUUGUGUCUGUUUUGAGAUGACCAGCAGUGAUGGAAGUAAAUAAACAGUAAAUAAUGUUGCAGUUUGAAUUAAAUCACUCCUCAACUUGGCCCAUCUUUGUUGUCACCAUCACAAAUGGAAAUGCAUAUGAUGCAGUUUUUUUUUACCUGAUGGGAGGGGUUCUAGUGGACCAAUCACAUCGCUUGCGGUCCGAGUAGAACUAAUGCGCUGUAAAAAAUUUGGAGAGGUGCACGUCAUGCUACACAGAGGCAACGGAUAACGUACAGUGUAGACCUAAAGCACGAGUAUAAAUGGGACUUUAGAUCGAUGAAAGUUGGUUCAUGUUGCUAUUUGCUAUUCACCAUGAUAUUUUCCCGGGCCCGCCCUUGCGCCAUUCCUCGUGACCGGAAGCAAAGAGGAGGGAAAUCGUUUCGUGGAAGGGGGGAGAUUAGCGUUGUUAAUUAAAGAUAAUGAGCGCACAAGACUUUAUAAAAAUAAAGAAGCUCACAGAUACGUAAUUUAUAAAAAAAAAAAACAAUAUUCUAAUAAAACUAAUGUUUUCAGUUUCAUUGUGACUUUAUGUAUAGUAACAUAUGGAAAAUUAUGAUGAAAUUACGUCCCAUAAAUGCUUUGCCUUUUAAGAGGCUGUAUUAAUAUGACUUCAUGUUUAUGGGCCGUUCGAAUAAACAUGUUAAAGUUGUUAUAUGAUCAGUGUAAACAUGCGCUUGCGUAGUGGUUCCCAAACUUUUGGGGCCCCAUCUGCAUACAUAAAGUAUACGACAAUCUGAGCCCCCAACUGUCUCCAUCUUUCCUUUUGAUUUUGCUGUUGACAAAGAUGUUGAGAUGGAGUGAGCAAAAUGUUAAAAAAUAAUUAUUUAGCAUAAAAUAAUAUUUUAUCUUCCUUAUCUUGGCAUUGCAAAAAAAUUAUUUGUAUACAAAAUUAUUAGUGAAACAUUUUUUCCAUCUUUAUUUGAUCUCGAAGCAUAUCAGAUUCCUGGUUGGGAACUACUGCGCUAGCGGAUCAAUGUCCGUUUUACAAAAAUGCGCUAAACAUCUCCAAACAGCGGUUUGAAGCAGAUGCACCUUAAAACACAGCUUCUGUUUCAAUUUCACCACACUCCCAUGGUGUAAAUCACCACAGGUACUAACUUUUCAGAUGGUAUAAUUACACUCCAAAAAAACGUUUACAGACUUGUUCACCAAUAGUGACAAAGAAAGUCAACCUCCAUGUAUAGCAUUAUUUUUAAAUGAUUUCACUUGCCUGUUUUUACACCCAGAAUCAUGCCAUUUGGGACACCCACUAACGUAUAGACGACCGACCGUAUUAUCAAUUCUGUAUCCGAGACCCCUCGAGUCGUGACCAUGGCCCACAGUACAGAUACAUGGCUACGUGAGCCAGCCUCCUUUGCAAGUGCUUUCUAACUUUGAGUCUUUAUUUUGCAUGUUAAACUGACCUGCUGUCGCCAAACCCCGGGUAGCUGAAGGAGUUUUUCCACACCCAGUAUAAUUGAGCAAAACGUCCGGUCUGUAGAGAUUUUAAGUGCCAGUUCAUAGAACUAAACCCACGUUUAUCUUUUGUUUGAUUCGAGGAGCAAAAGCAUUACCCGUUGAGAUGGUGUACAGACACGCUACGAGAGUAGGCUGUGUGUGAUUGUUUGUAAUGAUGUAUGUACUGUUUGAAAUUUCUGUUGAUGCUGAAAUGUUUGCACAUUUUGAGACCAUAAUUUUUACACUGAUUUGAAUACGUUUACCAGUGUUUUGUCAGUCAUUCUGUGUGUGUUGUUAGCGUGCGUGAUGUUGAUGAAUGCUUUUGUUGUUAAAGAAGACCUGAAAUGAAACUCUUGCCCUGGUUACCAGCUUUGUUGGUUAUGUUGGUCACAUGGUGAUGUGAAGUCUCCCCUCUUUUGGCACUUCUGGUCCUUAAAGGGAUAGAUCACCCAAAAAUGAAAAUUUUGUCAUCAUUUAUGCACCCUCAAGUUCUUACAAACCUGCAUAAAUGUCUAAGAAUGUUAAUCGAAUGGAUGAGGGGGGCACUAUUCACUUCCAUAGUAUUUGUUUUCUAAUGGUGCCCCAGAUCUGCUUUGUUACAAAAACUUCUUAAAAAUAUUUUCAGCAGAACAGAGACAUUUAUACAGGUUUAUAACAACUUUAGGGUGAGUAAAUGAUGACAGAAUUUUUAUUUUUGGGUAAACUAUCUCUUUAAAAAAAAAAACGUGAACUUGGCAAGCCACUUUUUUUAUAAAUUCUGAUUGAAAAUGAAAGCCAUACAUCUUAAUAAUGACUGGUGCCCAUGAAACCGACUUGCACCAACAAUACUUGUACCACGGCUGGAGGAUGUUGCGAUGCAAAAUGGGAAACUUCCUACAGAAAUGUAUGUAAUGUCAGAAUUGAUAGUUUUCACCACUAGGUGGCAUCAUUUAACUUUUUGCCUGUAUAUAAAUUAUAGCAAUUUUGUCUCGAAAUAAUUUCUUGAUUAAUAGUAGAGCUCUGUAGCGGCAAAAUUUACAGUGUUUAUUAAAUGAACGUCGGUGAGGAUUUUUCCAGGUAUUUCUCCAUCAGAAAAACCCAACACACCACUGCUGCCACUCCAGGGUCAUGAAUGCACUUUGUAUUUGUUUGUGUGGAUGGAUAUAUUGUGUGAAUGUGUGUGUCUGUGUUUCAAACAGAGACUUCUUUUACGUGUGACUGUUGAUUGAGAAAAUCGCCAGCGCACUCGGUCCAGAAUGCCUUGCGCCUUGUACAACUGGUGAUAGAAAUGUUUAAAAAAAAAAAAAGACGUUUGGGAAUCUGAAAUGUACUUUUUUAGACAGUUCACUUAUCUGGUACAGAACUAAAAACUGUUGUUUGUCCUCUUUGUCUAUUGAAUGAGAAAAGCCAUGUUUAUAAUUCAAUUUGGUUUGUGACCAAUAAGCCUGUUUAUAUCAAAUCUGUAUAUCAGUGGUACGCAUAUUUUUUUUAUAUAUAUAUUUUUAUUUUAUUUUUUUUAAAUCGAAAUCCUACGCAUGAUUGGCAUCGGAAAAGCCCAUUGCAGGAUGACAUCAUUAAAUUGUCUAUGACGACUGGCACUUUGUAAAGUGUUGCUAACGAUAAUGAAAAUAAAUAAUAAAAGAUAUUUAUUUCACA